GUUCUCUGCUCGUCGCGUUUGAUAUCUGCGUAAUUCUUUGCCAAUUUAUUGAUAUAAACGCAAUUUUAAUUAAAAUAAAUUAAGAAUUUGUCAUUUUGCACAAGAGCGGGCAACAACAAAUUUGUAGCUGCUGCAAAAGAAAACUAAAGCUCGGGCCCACUGAAAAACAGCAUGAAAAUGGUGUUGUCGCAACGGCAGCGCGAGGAGCUUAACCAAGCGAUUGCCGAUUAUUUAGGCUCAAAUGGCUAUGCAGAUUCAUUGGAAACAUUCCGCAAGGAGGCCGAUCUCAGCACAGAGGCGGAAAAGAAAUUUGGCGGCCUGCUAGAGAAGAAAUGGACGUCGGUCAUACGGCUGCAGAAGAAGGUGAUGGAACUAGAGGCUAAGCUAACUGAAGCUGAGAAGGAGGUUAUCGAAGGUGCGCCAACAAAGAACAAACGCACACCUGGCGAAUGGAUACCGAGGCCGCCAGAGAAAUACUCAUUAACAGGACAUCGUGCCAGCAUAACGAGGGUUAUAUUUCAUCCAAUUUUUGGGCUCAUGGUUUCGGCUUCAGAAGAUGCCACCAUUAAGAUAUGGGAUUUCGAAACCGGCGAAUACGAGCGUAGUCUCAAAGGACACACAGACUCUGUGCAGGAUGUCGCAUUCGAUGCGCAGGGCAAACUAUUAGCUUCCUGCAGCGCUGAUUUAUCUAUCAAACUGUGGGAUUUUCAACAGAGCUACGAAUGCGUUAAAACCAUGCAUGGUCAUGACCACAAUGUAUCCUCGGUAGCCUUCGUGCCCGCUGGAGAUUAUGUGCUUUCCGCUUCGCGUGAUCGCACAAUCAAAAUGUGGGAGGUCGCCACAGGUUAUUGUGUCAAAACAUACACGGGCCAUCGGGAGUGGGUCAGGAUGGUGCGAGUGCACAUUGAAGGCAGCAUUUUUGCCACAUGCUCAAAUGAUCACACAAUACGCGUUUGGUUGAUGAAUUCAAAAGACUGCAAAGUUGAAUUACGCGAUCAUGAGCACACAGUCGAAUGCAUUGCCUGGGCGCCAGAGGCAGCUGCCUCGGCGAUAAACGAAGCAGCCGGCGCUGAUAACAAAAAGGGUCAUCAUCAGGGACCAUUUUUGGCGUCGGGCUCGCGUGAUAAGACCAUACGCAUUUGGGAUGUUAGCGUUGGUUUGUGUCUGCUGACACUGAAUGGCCAUGACAAUUGGGUGCGUGGCUUGGCAUUCCAUCCGGGUGGCAAAUACUUGAUAUCGGCCAGUGAUGACAAGACCAUAAGGGUCUGGGAUUUGCGCAACAAACGAUGCAUGAAGACGCUCUAUGCGCAUCAACAUUUCUGCACAUCAAUUGAUUUUCACAAAGCGCAUCCGUAUGUUAUUUCCGGCAGCGUGGAUCAAACAGUUAAGGUUUGGGAAUGUCGUUAGGAAACUUGGCAAACGAUUUGCUUAUUUCUCAAUUUAAAAAACAAAAAUAAUUAAUAAAUUAUAUAUACGUGCUUAUAUAUAUUUAUUUA